CAACAACAUAAUGAUAUUAUUACGCCAAGGCGGAAGUAGAUAUCAUCGUCAAUUCGCCAUUGCAGUCCCCAUUCAGGAACAGAUACUUGUCUUAUUUCCUUUACUUUGAAAAUUUUCUAACGUGAUUAAUUCAACUUAGAUUCAAGAUUGUCUUUGAGAUGGCUGAACAAGACCAGUCCCCUGAAGUAGAACAUGAGGAUGAGGAUAACCCCAACUACAAACCUCCUGCUCCCAAGCCUUUAGAAGAACUUUUGAAACAAGAUGCGGAGGACGAGAGUUUGAGGAAAUACAAAGAGGCUCUGCUUGGUGCUAGCGUGGGAGGAAAUGUUAUUAUAGAUGAGAAAAACCCGAACAAAGUUAUUGUCGAGAAAUUAUCACUUCUUGCAGAAGGCAGGGAUGAAAUAUUUAUUGAUUUGACAAAGCCAGAGGAAGAGAUCAAGAAAGAAAGUUUUACACUAAAAGAAGGCUGCAAGUACCAAAUUAAAAUUUAUUUUUUUGUCCAGAGAGAAAUAGUGUCAGGUUUACGUUACGAACACAAGGUGUACAGGAAGGGUAUUCAAGUUGAUAAAAUGAAACAAAUGAUGGGAAGCUAUGGGCCUAAAAGAGAGCUUCAGUCCUUCACAACACAACAAGAGGAUGCCCCAUCAGGUCUAUUGAUGCGUGGGGAUUACAAAAUCAAAUCAAGGUUUGUUGAUGAUGACCAGAAUGAGUAUGUCAACUGGGAGUGGCACCUGACUGUAAAGAAGGAUUGGUGAUAGACUUGUACUGUUUAGUUUAACUCAUUGUGCUCUAAAUGAACAUGUUUUGAUCUUCCAGCUAUCUUUUCAUUUUGUUCUGAGAAAAGUUCCUUUUAGUUUGAUGGUGUACAAUCAGAAAGAAUAACUAGCUUUAGUAGGGAAAGCAGUGGAAGUAUCAAAAUAUAUUAAUUUAGAACUCUGUCCAUCACUAACAAAAACAAAAAAAAAAUCGUGGUGUCAUAAUUUCUUAACUCUAUCAAUGUAAAGUAUACAUUUUCCAUGAAGUUCAAUAUAGGCCAAGUCCAUAUUUGUGUGUGAUGUGUAUGCCAGAGAUUGGUUGUUUUACUGAUCUGAAAGUAGAAAUGUAUUGUUUUAUUAUUUUUUUUUAUUAUUUUUUUUUUUUUUUGGUGAGGCUUGGAUACAGUGCUCUGUAGACCUUUGUUUUUAAGCAGUAUUCUAUUUACAAUUUAGUUGACAGCAUAUUUGUGAAAUAUCCCAAUUACUUAGUUGUAAUUCUAUUUUAUCUAUCCAGCAAUAAGUCCAAGAUGCAAUUUGGUAUGUGUCUUAUAUAGAUAAGGCUUUGCAUUCCAUUUCUUCUAUUCACGUCUUCGUCCUAUGACGACGCCUAACUUUGAAAUACUGUUUACGACUUUUUAAAUGUGACAGCAUCAAACUUUUACUUUUUCAAUGAAGCGUGUUACAGUACUUUCUUAUUUCUGCUUCCCUGUUCAGUUCAGAGAGCAAACCUCUGUGUAUCUAUUUAUAUGAAUCUACAUUAGAUAUUUACUGGGUCCAUUGUGUGUUGAAUGUUAAUUGUGAUAUUAUAAUAUUAGCCCUUAUUUUUCAGAGCUAGUUGUUAACUCUUAGCUUGUAUACAAUGUGGUUAUACAUGAGUUUCAUUUUUUUGUUGUUGGGGUAUGCUGUAGGACUAUUUCCAGAUUUCUUGUAUUCUGUUGACUCUAACCUAGCAACAUUUUACUGGGAUUUGUCUAUUCUAUUGUGUUUGUUGGUAUGGAUGUCUUGUUCAUCCUGUUGUGUGCACAGCACUCUUCUCUUUGUCUAAUUCCACUUGUUCAUAAAAGAUAAAUGGAGCUGUUGGUAUUUUUUUUUUAAUUCAAUUUUUCUAAGAUUUCUUAUGUGACUAUGUGCCGUGUUUUUUGUUCUCCUAUUGAAACUAUUUCCAACUAAAAUUAUACUUCUCUCCACUGACAUAGUUUCUAAUAGCAAGCACUUUCAUUUACCCCUCCCACCCCCCCCACCCCUUUUUUUUUUGAAAGCUUCUUCUGUGAAGUAGCAUUGUCUUUGUGGGUUUUUUUUAUCUCUGGGCUAAGUUUUUUGUUUUUUUUUUAUUUUUAAAUUCCCCUCUAACUUCUUAUGGCUGAAGUUGACCUUUAAAUCUGUAUGACCCCUACCACCUGCAGGCACCACUCAGUUUGUCCAGUUUUGCUGUACCAUGUGCCUUGUUGUUUAUGUCUCAACUAUUUUUUUUUUUUCUUGGCUGCUAACAUACCAUAAAAAUAAAAUAUUUUUUUAUGUUAACAAAUUGUGCCUGCGAUCAUGAGACCUUUUUUUUUUUUUUAAUACCACUCGGUAAAUUUUCUGCUUUAUUUGUUUUUGUACAUUUUGUUUUAUUUAGUAAGUCAAAAUUUAGAUCAAAUAUCCUCCAAUAUUGCUUGUGUAUGAUUGAUUGUUUACACUGUACUAUUAGUUGAAUUCUAGAGGUUGCAAAUGAUACAGCCUAAAUCAGUUCAUCUAUCUUUUUAAUGCAAGUAGAUAACUUUAUUACGUAGCCAUGUAAGUAUUGCAUGAUUCUGCUAAAUUUUAUUUUAUGUAAUUAUGUAAUCUUCUAAUGAAAUUAAAAAUUCUCAAUCAUACUAAAA